AUGGGCUCUAUAUCAACCUUGUUUGUACAGAAACGAAGUUCCACAACUACUCUGCGCCAGCCUAAAGAGCUUGCGUAUUAUAGCAAAACGCAGGAAAAUGAGUUCCUCAUUAAUGACACUUCGAAGAUGAGCUACUAUUAUUUACCCGAUAGCGAAGUAGAUCGGAACUUGGAUCUUUGCAGUGGGAUCAAAAAGUUCAAAGAAUGCAAUGGGAAUCCAGAUUUUGAUAGCUGCACUCUAAAGGGAUUAUUGCAGAGUAUACAGUCGUAUGAACAGCGUAAGAACAAGAAAGUGGCCGGUGACAUCAUAACGUUUAGAGGAGUGAUGAGGAAAUUAAUAUCCUGUGCAUUUGACAGUGCCCAGUACAACCCAGUUGAGCUCCGAGUAGUAUCAUUCAACGGGCAGCUUUUCGUCAAAGAAGUGGAACAACCGAAAGUACCAUCGAGCAGCAAAGAGUCGAUGGAGUACAGAGCAUACUACAGUGGCUACAAAUUCGAAAGCUUGGCAACGGUCUCCAAGCCUCUUCCGCACGUCUCACGCAGCAGUCUUGAGAAAAGGCCGCGUAAGAUAUGCUCCAAUGGCGACCAAUACAUCACGGUAGUGAGGUCCGGUGUAGGAAGCUGCAAGUUGGUUUUGGGGGCGGAGGUUGAUUGCGUAUUCGAUUUCAGCGAGGACUCUUCAGAUAAUCUCAAGCACUACGCAGAAUUGAAGUGCACGAAGAACGUCUCCAGCUUUGCAGACGCCCGCCGCUUCGAGAGGAAAUUGUUCAAAACGUGGUUGCAGUGUUUCUUGAUUGGAAUAAACAGGAUAAUAUAUGGUUUCAGAGAUGAAAACUUUCUGCUCAAGAGCGUGGAAGAGUUUUCGACUCAGGAAAUUCCACUUUUGUUGAAAAAUAAUAACGCCCAAUUAUCCAAUGCUUGCAUAGAAGCGGUAAGAUGGUACGGCGCAUUGACAGAAUGGUUGAUGACCGCUAUUCCCCGUGAGGAAUCUACGGAAAGUGUGAGAGCUUACAGACUAAGCUUUGAAAAUAAUCACCUGAAGCUAAGCGGAAUCGAGCCGGGGCACGCGGAGUAUGCGGAAUUGGUCGAGGGCGUUGAAAUUCUAAGCCCAGAGUUCAGGGCUUGGAGAAAGGAAUUGGCCAAGAGGGCCGAAGAAAACGGAAAAUAA